GAGGAGCGCAGAGGAGCACAGUGGUGUGCGUUACCAAAGUUUUCUGUUGGGAGCGGGAGGUGCAUCAUUUUGAGCGUUUCUUGACUGUCGAAGAGUUUGUGUUUUUUCCGAGGGACACAAUGGCACAUUUCGACCCAACAAACAUCAAAUCCCUCAAAGCAAUUGUUGAUUAUUGCACACGCUCAAGCAGUGAGUCUGCAACGGAGGAGUCAGACUCUGAGGCUGAGGAGAUGUUUGUGGAGGGCCAGGAUAUUCUUCUGGACAAACACACCGCAGAUCAAGACUCUGAUGGGGAGAGGGAGCCGGAUACCUCCUCUGCCAGUAAGCGGUGUAGAGUGGAGCAGCAGGAGAGCAGCUCCCCAGGAGAGGACCCCCCCCCUCCAACUCGCCGGAGAAGUAGAAGACUAGAGAGAGGGAGAGGAAGAGGAGAAAACGGUGAUGGUGGAAGCAGCAGCAGUCAACCUGGGAUGUCAGCCACCCCAGCUGGAGAGAGAUGGAAUGGUGUAGACACCCCGGACAUUACGCCACCACAGCCCAUCUUCAGACCCAGAAACGCACCUGGGCCCAAGCUCAUCCUCACAGCUUCAUACACCCCCCUGGAGCUGUUUAACUUAUUUUUUACCAACUCGGUGUUAGACACAAUAAUUCGGAACACCAAUAUACAAGGCUCCACACACCAUACAGCCAACCACCCCUGGUCUGACAUCACACUGCAGGACAUGUUUUCAUUCAUGGCUCUGAUUAUUUACAUGGGUGUGGUGAAGUGCUGUUGCUUCACAGAUUACUGGCGAGGGGGGAACCUGUACAGUUUGCCGUUCCCAAAACUGGUUAUGACUGGGAGGAAGUUUCUGAUGAUCACCGGGUCCCUUCAACUGAAUAGCCCAGCGGCGGUUGAUGCCAACGAGCUGAAGAAAGGCACAGCAGACUACGACCGCCUCUGCAAAAUCAAGCCACUCUACGAUGAGAUGAGGGAAGCCUGCAUGAGGAACUACCACCCUGGCCAGGAAAUGUCCAUCGAUGAGAGGAUGGUUGCCACCAAAGCACGUACUGGAUAUAAGCAAUAUACGAAAAAAAAACCUGCGAAGUCAGAGUGCAAGCUCUUUGUUUUGACAGACUCAAAGAACGGCUACACAUGGGACUUUUUCGUGUAUGGUGGGAGGCCCCUGGGAAAUACCGGCAGGGGACUCGGUUAUGAGUCGGUGAUGGCGCUAAUGGACACGCCGAUUCUCGGCACUGGCUACAAGCUGUAUGUGGAUAAUUUCUACACAAGUCCUACCCUUUUCCGGGACCUCCUCCAGAAGAAGAUCUGGGCUUGUGGAACCAUCCGGACCAACAUAAUUGGCUUCCCAAAGACAGAAGACAACAGCCUGGAUUCCAAAUCUCCCCGUGGCAGCAUACGCUGGAUGAGGAAGGACUCCCUCCUUUUCAUCCAGUGGAGAGACACGGGGGAUGUCUUCAUGUGUUCAGCACUCCACACCGCCCAUUCAGAGGACACAGUGCGCAGGAGGGUGAAGAGUGCAAAUGGGCAGUGGACGGUGAAGGACGUCUCUGUGCCACCAUGUGUGAAGGAUUACAGCAGGUGCAUGGAUGGAGUGGACCUGUCGGAUGCCCUGAUAGGCUAUUACAAGGUCCUCCACAAGACCCGGACGUGGUACAAGACCUUUUUCUUUCACUUUAUGGACAUUGCCAUUAUAAACGCCUUCGUCCUGCACAAAGCCAUCGCCACUGGAAAAGGACAGAAGCCGAUGAAUCAGAAGGCUUUCAGGGAGACCCUCGUCGAGCAGCUGGCACAGGUGGGCUCUCCUUCCACAACCAGACCCGGAUCGCCUCCUCCUCCACCCAGCUCACAUCACAGGCCAGUGUACAUCACUGGGAACAGCACGGAAGGGCGGUUGAAGUGCAGGCAGUGUCACGCAAAAACACCACUGAAGUGCGCCUCCUGUGGCGUGCCUCUGUGCUUUGUGGCGGGGCGGGACUGCUACAAUGACUGGCAUGUUGCCAAAAACCUAUGAGGAUGUUAGGGAGGGACAAUGUUCACUCAGGGACUAGUGUUUUUGUAAGUAGUUCAUGUUUGCUGUGGGCUUUUAUUUAUUUAGGAUAUGCACUUUUUUUUAAAUUUAAUUUUUAAUUGGAUUUAUUCAUGUUCAGACAAAAAAUACCAUGCACAAAGUUCAAUAAAGCAAAAGUUUGUGCUUCA